ACUUACCUGCCGGGGUCCUCUGACCUUCCACUCUGUAAGGCCUCGAGAGACUUGGAGACCUUCAGGGACGGCCUGGUGUUCAGCAGUCGCCCAGUGAAGCCCAGGGAGAAGGUUUGGUUCCGGGUGGAGCGCAGUCUUCUAGCCUGGGAGGGCGGUGUGCGGGUCGGCUUCACCAACGUAUGCCCGACCACCGCCGGACCACUUCCUCCGCUGGCCUGUCCCGACCUCGCAGACAAGCCCGGGUACUGGGCUUUGCCAGUGCCACAACGGGACUGCCCACCUGGUACCAUGGUCUCCUUCUGGAUGGAUUCAACUGGACUGUUGUGUUACAAGACACCCGCUGAAACUCUCUGUAAUCAGACUGAUUUGGACCUCUCUCGGCCUCUCUGGGCUUUUAUUGAUGUCUAUGGUCAGUCAACUACGGUGCUUUUACUCGGUUCUGUACGAAGGUUGAAUCGAUUUAUUAAGACAUCCUCCUGCCCUAUUCCUCGUAGCACAUUUGAAUGUGGCUAUGAAGAUACUCCACCUGAAUUAAAGAAAAGGAAAGCCAUCGCUGAAAGGAAGCUGAAACAGCAUCAAGAAGAUCAAAGUAACAAUAACAACUCUCAGAGAACAGGGUGCAGCAAGCAGGACUUGUGUGCGGUGUGUCUGGACCGUGAAGCUUGUCUGACCCCGAAGUGUGGACAUCGCUGCCUGUGCCUCCCCUGUGCUAACAGGGUGUUUGAGGAAUUCGGCACGUGUCCACUGUGUCAGCAGAUUAUCUAGAAUUUUCCAAGAGCUGGAUGUGGAGCUGCCAUGGUACACAUAGACCCAUAAGGACAUUGACUGGUUUCAGUCCAGGCACAUUUGGAAGAUGCUACAUACACUCUACCUCAAGCAGUAAUAUGUUAUUGCACUCUGAACAUUUUGUACAGUAUACUUGCACUAUACUUACAGUAUAUGACCACAGCGAAGCGGCGGUCAUAUAGGUUU